AUGAGUAAGCCCGCGCAGGGAAAGGCACCCGGGGAGAGCGGCAAACCGGGGGAGAGUGCCAAACCGGGGGAGAGUGCCAAACCUGGGGAGAGAAGCAAGCCUGGCCCCAGUGGCCAACAAAGCUUACCUAAGAAGGAGAGGCAAAAAAUAAAGCCAAUCCAAGUCAGACGAAGCUUGAAGGACAUCCUAGUGAACGAGAAUCCAAGUCAACUCAUCCUUAAUUAUAACGGGAAAAAAAUAGAGUGCGCUUUUCCUGACGAAGAUGUGAAGAAGAAAAACAUGUUAAGUGAGUCCCAAACGGAAGAAUCCACAAACGGGAAAGACAAAAGAAAAAAAGGAGGAAACAUUGAAAGACUUUUUAGCACAGAAGUAAUCGAUAGUCAUCAACAAAUUAUGAUGGAAGAAUUAAAAGAACUCCUAAACAAAGAAGACCUAACUGAUGAAAUGAAAAAUAAUAUUAAAUCCCUCUACAUAGAAGUGCAGGAAAUUUAUAUGGAAAUAAAAAACGACUUAAAAAAGAAUUUCCCCACAUCGAAGGAAAUUCUGAAUUUGUAUCGAUCUGAUGACUUCAACAAAAAGAGUAAGAAUGCUAUUUGGAAAAAAUUUUGUUUUUACAAACUGCUUGGGGAUCAGAUGAGUGAUAUUCAUAUUUGCACCAUUUCGUCGUAUAGGCUAAAAUAUUUGAAAACUAUUUAUAAGUGGUACUGUAAGAAUAAGCGUGUUUUGUUUGGUAGCCGGUGUGGUCAUCGCUCUAGGGGGGGAGGGCCCUCUGCUCGCGGCGAUGACACGGCCACGGGGGGCUCGGCCACGGAGGACACGGCCACGGAGGGCUCGGCGGCGGAGGACACAGCCACGGAAGACGCGGUCACGGAAGACACGGCCAAUGAUGUUACCGCAAAUGGUGAUGCCGCAAAUGGUGAUACCCCCAAUGGUGAUGCUGCCAAAGAUGUGAUCGGUGCGCAGAAGCAGGUCGCGGAGGGGGCGAUGGACGGGAGCGACCCAGUUGAGGCAGAUGCCCCCGACGAUGCAGUGGCGUGUGAGGAGGGGGGAACAUCCCAGACUGGGGAUGGCUCAACACCGCGGGGGGGAGAAGCAAAUGGGGUGAAGAAGAAAAGGGAGAGCGAAAAGGGGGGCAAAAAGGGAGACAAAAAGGGAGACAAAAGGGGAGACGGAAAGGGGGCUGACACAGGACACUAUGGGAGGGAAAUUUCCGACCAGUUCGAUGACCUUCUCACGAGACACAUGCAAGAAAUAAAGAGACCCGAUGGUGAGGGAGAGGAGAGAGAAGGUGAUUGGAGCCACCAACAACAGGAAGAAGUGAACAACAAACAGAGAGAUAACAUCCUAGCGAAUUACAUAUUUCCGAGUUCGCUUUUUGAGAAGGAUCAAAAGGGUGUACCCGAGGAGGAGGGAGGCAAGCCAUUUGACAGUGGACACGGAAAAAAUGACAUCGAGUUGGACUACACCGGGGAGGAGGACCUGAUGCCGACUCAGAUUGACACAAAAAGGAUCAUGGAGCUGGAGGAAGAAAUCAAACGACAGAAGCUGCUAAUCAAGGAGAAGGAAAUCGAAAUAAUUAACUCUCCAAUUGGGAUUAAAUUUAAGGACAUCUUUGGGAAUUUCCAGGACAUCGACAUAAACGA